AUGCAUAGCGUGACGGGAAAGGUGGAAAAUGCAGCUGCUGUGGCAAAGGAGAAAGCUGAGAUCUUCAAAGCCAAAGCUCAAGAGAAGGCCGAGAAAGCUGCGGCAACAACAAAGGAAGAGAGACAGAUAGCAGAAGAAAGGAGGAAGGUGAAGGAGUAUGAAGCUAAGAUAAAGCUUCACGAAACCAAAGCUGAAAUCAUACAAGAUAAGCUUGUUCAUCAUCAUCAUCCUCAUCGUGGCGGCGGCGUUGGCCAUGAUCCUGUGAUCGGAGCCACAGGGCAGCAUUAUCAUGACCCAGCUGCUGUCGGAACCACCACUACUGCACCCAUAGAUCCAGUAUCUGGGCUCCCAAGUACUACUGCUAAUUAUCCACCCGCGGGUCAUACUCAUACCUAUCCUCAUGGACAUCAUCACUACCCUUAG